GUCCUUGAACGCACCAUCUAACUUUGUCCCGCUGCGCAGAUGGACUACUACUACUGUAUUUUUAGCAUUUUUCUUUCACCUCAUAUUUGCUCCCAAAUGCUGAUGCCAUGUGGGAAUGCAUAAAGGGGAUUCCGCCGCAGACAGCUCGUCCAAUCAUCAUGCAGACACCGAGCGUCCGGCCCAGCCCACAGCUCCAUUGACCCCCCAGAGCCGCCGAGCCUCCGAUGGGCGGGACAAAGCCCAGCAUUUAUCCAAUGACCGUCCAGUUUGGCGCAAUGGAACAACCCACUCAACGCUUCCCCACGGAACUCCGUGUACGUUCAGCUUCCGGCUGUGUAAAAGCGCCGUAAAUGAGAAGGAAGUCGUGUCAGUUACCUGUGAUUAGUAGCUUAUUCUGAAUAAAAGCUGAAGGUAUUCUAGCGCAUAUUUAGUCAAUGAAACGUACCCACAGCAGUACAUGCUACAGCGUUGUGUUUUGAAAAUGAUUUUUUUCUGGUUAGGGGGUACUUAAGGCUGAAGAAAUAUCCCACCGGGGGUACUUCACUGAAAAAAAAGUUGCGAACCUCUUUAACUCGAUGACGUAAUGUCAUACCCUUAUUUUGAAAGAUCCUAUCCGGAAGCUGUACAUGGCAUUUGACAUGCGCACAAGACAUCGAUGAAGAAAAGCUGCGUCUCCAACCAUUAAACUUGUAAACAUUUGUCAUGGCUGUGGUUUGCCGGAUGGAAGUAUGAGAUUAAAUUGAAGGCGUGCUACCAAACACUGUUGUACUUUGCAUGGACACAAAGCUGAUGCGCAGGGCCACCAGCGCACGCCAAGACGCCACAGGAAUGGACAUCACUAGCCGCUGUACCCUGGGGGACCCCAAUAAGCUCCCUGAAGGGGUACCCCAGCCUGCGCGCAUGCCGUACGUCUCAGACAAACACCCUCGGCAGACCCUGGAAGUCAUCAACCUGCUGAGGAAGCACCGUGAGCUCUGUGACGUGGUGCUGGUGGUGGGCGCCAAGAAGAUCUAUGCCCACCGUGUCAUCCUGUCCGCCUGCAGCCCGUAUUUCAGGGCGAUGUUUACUGGGGAGCUUGCAGAAAGCCGGCAAACGGAAGUGGUCAUUCGAGACAUUGAUGAAAGAGCAAUGGAGCUGUUGAUUGACUUUGCCUACACGUCACAGGUGACCGUAGAGGAAGGGAAUGUUCAGACUCUGCUGCCCGCAGCCUGUCUGCUCCAGCUCGCUGAAAUCCAGGAGGCCUGCUGUGAGUUCCUCAAGAGGCAGCUAGACCCUUCCAACUGUCUGGGCAUCAGGGCCUUUGCUGACACCCACUCCUGCCGCGAGCUGCUCCGCAUUGCCGAUAAAUUCACCCAACACAACUUUCAGGAGGUCAUGGAAAGCGAAGAGUUCAUGCUGCUGCCUGCCAACCAGCUGAUUGACAUCAUUUCCAGCGACGAACUCAACGUGAGAAGCGAGGAGCAGGUUUUUAACGCGGUGAUGGCGUGGGUGAAGUACAGCAUCCAGGAACGCAGACCGCAGCUACCCCAGGUUCUCCAACACGUCAGGCUGCCCCUCCUCAGCCCCAAGUUCCUGGUGGGCACCGUGGGGUCGGACCCUCUCAUCAAGAGUGAUGAGGAGUGCAGAGACCUGGUAGACGAGGCCAAGAACUACUUGCUGCUGCCGCAGGAGAGACCCCUGAUGCAGGGCCCAAGGACCCGGCCUAGGAAGCCCAUCCGCUGUGGAGAAGUUCUCUUUGCGGUUGGCGGGUGGUGCAGUGGGGACGCCAUAUCCAGCGUGGAACGCUACGAUCCCCAGACCAACGAGUGGCGCAUGGUCGCAUCCAUGAGCAAACGCCGCUGCGGAGUCGGCGUCAGCGUCCUGGAUGACUUGCUUUACGCUGUGGGGGGCCAUGACGGCUCCUCCUACCUCAACUCUGUAGAAAGAUACGAUCCAAAGACUAACCAGUGGAGCAGCGACGUGGCCCCGACGAGCACGUGUCGUACCAGCGUAGGCGUGGCCGUUCUUGGUGGUUAUUUGUACGCUGUGGGAGGACAAGAUGGGGUUUCCUGUCUAAACAUUGUGGAAAGGUACGAUCCCAAGGAGAACAAAUGGACUCGCGUGGCCUCCAUGAGCACCAGGCGACUGGGCGUGGCUGUGGCUGUGCUAGGAGGGUUCCUGUACGCUGUCGGAGGGUCCGAUGGAACGUCGCCACUCAAUACAGUGGAGCGCUACAAUCCUCAGGAGAACCGCUGGCACACGGUGUCACCCAUGGGAACCCGGCGGAAACACCUGGGCUGCGCCGUCUACCAGGACAUGAUCUACUCCGUCGGAGGCCGAGACGACACCACGGAGCUGAGCAGUGCGGAGCGUUACAAUCCCAGGACCAAUCAGUGGUCUCCUGUCGUAGCGAUGACGUCCAGACGGAGCGGGGUGGGCUUGGCGGUGGUGAACGGUCAGUUGAUGGCAGUGGGAGGAUUUGAUGGGACGACGUAUUUGAAAACGAUAGAAGUUUAUGACCCUGAUGCCAACACUUGGAGGUUGUACGGAGGAAUGAACUACCGGCGACUCGGUGGCGGAGUCGGCGUGAUUAAAAUGACUCACUGUGAAUCCCACAUAUGGUAACCCUCCCGGCCGUCCUCAGCAGCCCCCACGCCUCCAUGAAAGACUGUUACUUGCGUGAGGAUGAGUGAGACGUGUAGGCGACUCUUGUUCAUCCCCUUUCAACGUCACUGACUUUUCCAACAAAUGAUUGACAUCCAGCAAGCAUCACCAGCCUCCAUAUUGGAGAAGCUGUUCCACUGUAGGUGCCGCCCCCAAGUAACCUCGUCACGCUUUCGUCCUUGAAGCUUCGAUCUGCCAAACAUGCAGGUGUGUGUGUGUGUGUGUGAGUAACUGAGCCCGAGAAUGUGUGAGGAGGUUGAAGGUCUUUUGGGUGCAACCAACCAAGUCACAUGACCACAAAAGUGAAAGUCAACACCACAUCAUCCUGCAAACUGCAAUCCAUCUGCUCAGCUGUGGUGGCGUUGCUGGUUUCCUGACGAGGCCACUGGAACCUCAGUUAGCAUACAACCCGGUGCGCGUUUGUUUUGGUUUACAUCGAACAUUUUCCCUUGGUUAGCAUACAAUAUGGCGCGCGUCUUCACUGCGUGAGUCCAACUGUGUUCUUAAUCACAAAACGUCCUUGUUAGCAUCUUAUUAGCAUACAGGAAGUGGAAGUCAGCUCUGACGCCUGUCUGUGAUGUCAUCAGUGGUUAACUGUAGUUCUUUGCUACUAGCUAACACAGCUACAGCACAGGGUUUUUUUGCCUUUCUGGUCAUCCUCAGAGACACUCAAAAGUUGCAAGGCGUUUUGAUCAGGGGUGUCCAAACCUUUUCCAGCCACAGAGUGGAAAUCUAAAAGGCUGCAACUUCUUGAUAUGCUAAGAAGUUAGAGUUCAAGGAAAAGCUGCCUUUCCGCUUAGUGACGUAGGUCAGAUGCUACUAAAAUGAUAUUUUUCUCAUUAAGUUUAUUCGUAAUAUUAUAACGAGUUUAUUAUUUAUAUAUACAAUUGUGGCUUUUUCCUCUCAACAUUUUGACUUUUUCCUUGUAAAAUUACAACUUUUUGUCCUCUUCUGCUGAUUUUUUUAUUCCAACUUUACCUCCAUGUCAAUUUUGUUUUUGUAAUUAUUAUUAUUCCAUUUAUAUUUUGACUUUAUUCCUGUAAUACUGCAACUUUUCCUCCACUUUUUUUUUGGUUUCUCAUAACAGCUUAAAAAAAGAUUUUUUUCUUUAACAUUUCAACUUGCUACUAAAAUGAAGUUUAAAUGAAAAGACAACCCCUUCAGUAGCAGCCAUUUUAGAUCAUCUGGACUGAUCUUUCAAGGCCCACAGAUUAUUGUGUUGUAUGGUUUUAUAAACAUGGAACCUACCAAAACAAACAUUACACUCCCGUCUUUCAUCAGGAAAAAAAGUUUGUUUCUACCUUUUUCUGUUCUUUAGUAAUCAGCAGUAGAACAUUGGUACGUUUCAGGGAAAUAUCAGUUCCUGACUAAAACAGUGAGAAAGCCAGCUUUUAGUGAAAAGAUACAUUUCAAGCAUAACUUUCACUUUGGCACAAACAUUUACAGCUGAAAUAUGUAAACAACCUACAUUGCAUAACCUUCUGCACGCUACACUCCUCCACGCUCUUCCACUUCCUCCUUGCUGUCGAGUGUGUUACCACACGGAAAAGAUCCACACGAGCUCUCAUCCAAAGCACUCCUGCCAUCUUGCGGCCGUUUUUAAGGCUAAAAACUGCUCCAACAGUCACCUCUUUUAGUGUGCAGGUGCAUCAUCACCUCUUUUUGCCUCUCACGCAAAAAGACGUUAAAACUCAGAUUUAACUAAAAAUGAUAUUUUUAGAAUGUGCUGGAGGCCAAUUAAAAAAACUGCUGCAAGUGGCCCCCGGGGGCACUUUGGACACCCCUGAUUUUGCUACAGGAGGAGAGAAACUUUGAAUUGAAUUGAAAGAGCAGAAAGGUGGCGUCCGAGUGGAUCUCGCUGCCGCACCGCCGUCUUUGUCACCAAUCACGUCAUCAAUGAAGGUAAAAGUGACAUUUAUUCCUUUUUAAAACGUCUUCUGCAUGUAAAGGUCCAAUUGUAAAACUAUAAAGUAUUUUGCGUUAACACUUUUGGACCAGAUGAAUUGGAUUUGCGGUGUUUGGAAAUGCGCUCAUGAUGCUAACGGAGGUUCGACUGUACGGCCAAACGUCAACAGGAAGUAACGUUGAUGUGAAUCCCCACUAAAAAGUUCAAAGUAAAAAGCUGCAUGCUCAAAACACAACUUUGAAAGAAUUGUUCCCUGAAUGAAUGGGGCAUUGUGCUGGACGGUGUUGGGCCCCCUGGUGGUAGAAGAUCAUAAUGCAAGUCUUUCUGCAAAGACGAAUGCGCUGCAGUCAACUUUUUGUACUUGUGUUUGGAACGGGUGGCUGUUCCAAAAGGAAACUAUCUCAAGUUUAAAAUCAUUUUCAAAGACUAUUUGGGUUUCAAAUGAACUAAACAGACUGUUGAAUGCAUCGGUGGUGUACUAAAGUGGUGCUUUUCUCCACGCAACACCUCCUCUUGGUGGGGCACAGCCCAUCACUGCUGUGCUGUAGUGCAUUGUGUACUAGCGGCUCCACUAACAACGCUAGUCAGGGUUAGGAAAAGCUUGCACUUGGAGCCGUGCACUAGUUUCACUAUCAUGAAGGAAUAGACGUCCUGUAGGGUUCACGUUCAAGAAAGCUUUGAGCUUUUUGCAAGUGUUUCAUGUCCAAGUCCACAAUGUCAUUAUGCAAGACAUAUUGUUGCAUACACAGAUACAGUAUGCUCCUGUUUUUACACACACACGCAUCUUUCACUAAAUGUUGACUUCAACCAUUUCAUUUUUAAAAAGGUCAAGUUUGGCCCUGGCCCUGGCCCUAAUCCUAACCCUAGGCCCUGGUCCUGGUCCUGGCCCUAAUCCUAACCCUAGGCCAGGGGUGUCCAAAGAGGGGCCAUUUGCUGCCUGGGGCUGUUUUUUGUUUUGUUUUGUUUUUUAUUGGCCCACAGCACGUUCUAAAAAUACAAUUAGACAAGAAAACAUCAGCAAAAAUGGAAAAAACAGCAGUCAUUUUAUGAGAAUCAAGUCAUAAUAUUACCAGAAAUAUUACCAUCUUAUGGGGAAAAGUCAAUUUUAUGAGAGUAAAGUCUUAAUGAUAAAACAAAAAGAUGAAAUAUUAAAGAAGAAAGAUGUUAUUUUCUAAAAUUGUAAUAUUAUGACAAACAAAGAAUGAAGUUGCAAAUUUAGUAAAAUUAGGUUGGAAAAUGUUAAUAAGAAUACAAGGAAAAUGUAUAAAACAAACGAAAUGGAAAAACGAGCAAAAGAAAGUGGAAUUUAGGGAGAACAUGUAUUAAUAAGCAUUUUCACCUUCAUGACAAAUGGAAAUCUAUACUAUCUUACAUCUUCACACAAUAUCAAAGUUCAUUUUUCACUCUGUGGCCCUCGCUCUAAAAACCUUUGGACACCCCCAGCCUGACCCUAAGUGACCCCAAGCCUGGCAUGCUCAUGAAGAACACACACGAUAUCAAGCGUGAGAAACGUUGGCGAUCAAUCACUGCCGGAGAACGACAACCACCUGAUUCCACUUGGUGGUGACGAUGCAAAGCACCCGCCAUGACGACACAAGGAAUAAAGAUGCUCAAGAUUCCAUGUUUCACUUUGAUUCUGUGCAGCACUUCCUGUGUGUUCCUCUUCUCUUUCCUACUACUUCCAAAGCAACCUCCAAGCUAUCCCAGCUAAGGUAACACUGCAUUGCACCUUUACUAUAUGUUCAGUGUAUGUUCCACCCAGAUUUCAACUCUCUCAAACAGAAAUGGAUAGUCUGGUUGACCAGCUUUCAGAACCCUUUUCAUUCGUUGGCGAUUUUAAUGCCCACAAUCCCCUCUGGGGUAGUCAAAAUGUAAACAGAUUUGGUAAUAUUGUUGAACGGACGAUUGAACAUUUAGAUUUAUGCCUUUUGAACGAUAAGUCUGCUACUAACCUCCACCCGACCUCUGGCUCAAUGACGGCUAUCGAUUUAUCUAUUUGCUCUCCAACAAUUUUUAUGGAUUUUCAGUGGCGUGUACAUAGCGAUCAAUGUGGCAGUGAUCACUUUCCUAUUUUUAUGAAACUAGUAAAGUGUUUACCAGGAGAAAGAAUUCCAAAUUGGCAACUCCACCGAGCCAACUGGAAUGCUUUUUCAGAACAAUGUUCACUAAAUAUAAAUCAUGACAAACUCAGAGAUGCAGAAGAUCCACUUAACUUUCUUUCUCAUUCAUUACGUAACAUAGCUACUAGCACAAUACCAAAAUCAAGUUCUUCCCCUCGUAGACACAAUCCUUGCUUUAAUACUGAAUGCAAGGAAGCUGUAAAAAAACGUAAAAAAGCACUGAGGACAUUUAAAAAACACCCGAAUAAUGAUAAUUUACAAAAAUAUAAGCAGAUACGCGCUAAAGCUCGCAACAUCAUUAAAAAAGCAAAAAGACAGUCUUGGCAGAAUAUAUUUCUAAAUUGAAUAUUCAUACGUCUAUUCACAAAGUAUGGGAAAUGAUUAGAAAAAUAAGUGGAAAGUACAUAAGUAAUUCUGUUUCCUACUUAACAAAAGCAGAUGGAAAUAAAUGUACAGAAAGGCCCGACAUUGUGAAUUUGCUAGCACAGGAAUUUGAACAUAACUCAUCAACUGACCACUAUUUCCCAACAUUUAGAAUUUAUAAGGAUGAAGCUGAAAGUCAGGAUCUUCAUUUUCUGUCAAACAAUGAGGACGAUUACAACGUCCCAUUUAGCAUUGCCGAAUUGAGAGAUUCAAUCAAGAAAUCUCACGAUACGGCAACUGGUCGAGAUGAUAUUCAUUAUCAGUUUUUAAAGCAUUUACUUGAUGUGUCCCUUUCAGUUGUAUUGGAUAUUUUUAAUAGAAUUUGGAGAACGGGUGUUUUUCCCGUUUCAUUAUUCCAAUCCCAAAGCCUGGAAAAGAUGCAUCAAAACCAACAAAUUAUCGGCCUCUCUCUUUGACCAGCUGCCUCUGCAAGACAAUGGAGAGAAUGAUCAAUACUCGGUUGGUUUGGUUUUUAGAAAGGAAAAGAUUACUAACCAAAUUUCAGAGUGGCUUUCGACAAAAUCGAAGUACUGUUGAUCAGCUUAUUCGACUAGAGACUUUUCUUCGUAAUGGCACUAUUCGAGGUCAUCAUGUGAUGUCUGUCUUCUUUGAUCUUGAGAAGGCGUAUGACACCACCUGGAAGUAUGGUAUUCUGAGAGAUCUUCAUAAUGUUGGGUUAAGAGGCAGACUGCCGACUUUCAUUAAAAACUUCCUCAGUAAUAGAGUGUUCCGAGUUCGCCUUGGAUCAAGCCUCUCAAAAUUAUACAAUCAAGAAAUGGGAGUUCCUCAGGGUAGCAUACUUUGUUUUUGUUAAAGAUCAACAACAUUGUGGAUGUUGUCACUCCUCGGUUCGACAGAUCAUUGUUUGUGGACGACUUUUGUAUAUCUUGCUCUUCGGAGAAUAUGCCGACCAUAGAAACAAUUUUACAGAACUGCCUAAAUAGAAUCGAAAAGGAGACUGAUGAAAAUGGUUUUCGCUUCUCAAGAACAAAGACAGUAUGCAUUCACUUCUGCAAUAAAAGGUCUUUACACCCUGACCCGGAAGUUAAAAUAAAUGGUUCUGUCAUCCCGGUUACUCAACAAACAGAAUAUCUUGGCCUGGUAUUUGAUAACAAGCUAACCUUUAAGGCUCAUAUUGAUCAUGUGAGACAAAAAUGCCAUAAAGCCUUAAACCUUUUCAAGGUAGUAUCUAAAAUGGAUUGGGGUGCGGAUCGCAUUGUCCUGCUACGUCUCUCUAGGUCUUUAGUCAGAUCAAAACUUGAUUAUGGCUGUGCAGUUUAUAGCUCUGCUCGAAAGUCCUACCUUGAUAAGUUAAACCCAAUACAAAAUCAAGGACUUAGAAUUUGCCUUGGAGCGUUUCGUACUUCUCCAAUGGAAAGCUUGUAUGUGGAGGCAAAUGAGCCUCCACUGCAUUUAAGAUAUCAAAAACUAUCUCUUAACUAUGCAAUCAAAUUAAAGAAUAACCCAUUAAAUCCAACGUAUGAACAUACUCUCAGACCACAAUACCGUCUUUUUUACGACCAUUUUAAACCAUCUUCCAUCAAACCGUUUGGCUUUCGUGUUCGAGAAGCUCUAAUGCAAGUUCUUGGUACCACUGAUAUUUCUCCAUCCUUAGUACCCAAUAUUCCUCCUUGGGUGAUCAGCGAACCUUUAAUAGACUUGACAUUAGCAACAUUCAAAAAGGGCGUUACAAGUGAUCUGGUCUACCUGGAUAGAUUUGGAGAAAUAAGACACAAAUAUAGGAACUACCAUGCUAUCUAUACAGAUGGAUCAAAAGAUCACAAUAAAGUAGGAUCAGCCUGUAUGAGUGGCACAAUAAAAGAACAGGUUAGAUUACCAGACAGUGCUUCCAUAUACACUGCCGACUUGUUGGCUUUGAAAAUGGCUUUGGGUAAAAUACAAAACACUGAUGGAAAACAAUUUGUUAUUUUCACAGACUCUAUCUAGUCUAGUGGCUUUACAGUGUAGAGAUCUUAAACAUCCCUAUAUUGUACACUUACUAGAAUCAUUAUACAAAGUCGGUGUAUUAUCUAAACUGGUAGUUUUUGUUUGGAUACCGAGCCAUGUAGGUAUCAAAGGGAAUGAAAAAGCUGAUAUGUUAGCAAAAGAGGCACUUAAUAUGGCUGUAACAGAAAUGAAGAUACCCUAUACAGACUUCAAACCAAAGAUGAAUGAAUACAUCAAAAUAAAGUGGCAAACGUCAUGGGAUUUAAAUCCCGGUAACAAACUCUACCAACAUCAGCCUAUAAUCGAACCACAUACUACAAUCCCGUUAGCUAAGCGACGGGAAGACGCUGUGCUAACUCGUAUUCGAAUUGGUCAUUCUCGCUUAUCACACUCCUAUUUACUUGCAGCAGAAAACCCUCCCCGUUGUACAUCAUGUAAUAGUACACUCUCAGUUAAACAUAUCCUUCUUGAAUGCAUUGAGUUUGCUCACAUCCGUGUCAAUUUUUAUAAUGUACCUGAUCUGAAAACCUUGUUCAGCCAAGUUCCGCGAUCAUGCAUCAUAGAGUUUCUUAAAGAAAUAAAUCUUUUUAUUAGGUUUUAGAUAAUGGAAACAGGCCCUUUGGCAGGCCAUUUUAUUCAGUAUCUAGUCUUACAGAGGAGACUAAGCCGCCGUCCCGUAUAAAGAAAAGCCACACCAUUUGAACACUAAAGAACCUACCGUACUUCUCUGUUCGAAAAGAGUAGGGAAUUUUUCCCGGUAAAGUAGAUCACAGUUUCUAUCCUACAAGCUCUACUCCCUAAUUAAAUUGAUAGAUUACACUCCCUUGAAACAGGUUUUGUCAUUAAUAACUUCACAUAUUAAGGUCCAGACACUUACAUGACACUUUGUGUUGAUAGUAUCGUUAAACUUGAAUCAAUCAAUCAAUCAAUCUUUCCUACUACUUUCACGUGGGGAGGGCUGCUAAUGUACCAACACCUUUCGGAGUUUUAAAAAAAUGUUAAUACAGGCUCCUCGUUAAGGAGUAAUUCACUUUUUAGUCCCAUUUGUUUAUUUUCUUAUUAAAUGAACAUUUGUGUUCCUAAAAACCUAACAGAUGAGUAAAUGGCCCUUAACAAAAAUAUCAAACAAAGCCGGGGGGGGCGGGGGCAGCUGUAAAGUAGAGGGUCAGUGUGUAUGAUAUACAUGGUGUGAAAGUGUUUGCCUGAUUGCUUUUUUUUCUUGGCAUAAAUGUUUGAUAUCAUCAUACAAAUGUAAAUAGUAGUCAAUGAAAACACAACUCAACACUUUAUAUGCACUUUUAAAAUGAAACUUUUAUUAUGAAGGUACAAAAACAUCCAAAGCUACAUGGCCCUGUGUGAAAAAGUGAUGGCCCCCUAAAUCUAAUAAGUGGUUGGCCCCCCCUUAGCAGCAACAACUGCAGUCAACUUGCAAUGAGUCUCUUCCAGCCACAUUGGAGGCUUUUCCCUUUGAAGGUCAUGCCACAGCAUCUCAAUAGGAUUCAGGUCAGGACUUGGACUAGACCACUCCAAAGUCUUCAUCCAUUCAGAGGUGGACUUGCUGGUGUGUUUUGGAUCAUUGUCCUGCUGCACCAACAGAUGCUUCCAUUUAUCACAGCAAGUCUUCCAGGUCCUGAAGCAGCAAAACAGCCCCAGACCAUCACACUACCACCACCAUAUUUUACUGUUGCUAUGAUGUUCUUUUUCUGAAACCCAGAUGUAAUGGGACACACACCUUCUAAAAAGUUCAACUUUUGUCUCGUCAGACCAGAGUAUUUUCCCAAAGGCCUGCUGUUGUGGGGUCUUUUGUGACCUCUCGGAUGAGUCAUGGCUGCGCUCUUUGGGUCAUUUUGGUUGGACGGCCACUCCUGGGAAGGUUCACCACUGUUCCAUGUUUUGACCAUUUGUGGAUAAUGGCUCUCAAUGUGGUUGGCUGGAGUCCCAAAGCUUUAGAAAUGGCUUUAGAACCUUUUCCACACUGAUAGAGCUCAAUUUGUUGCAAAUGUUUUUUGUCUCACUCCCCCUUCUUGUUUUUGCAUAUUGUAACUCUACUUAAAAUCUCAUUAAGAUCCAAAUGCGCACCCUUGACUCUUUCCCACACGUGCUGUCCUUUCCGCCGUUGAGAUGCUAAAAACAAUGCACAGAUCAUAAACGCUCUUACAAGUUUGACAUGUUUUCAUGUGGAAUUAAUGAUCAUUUUCCACAAAAUUACAACUUUAUUUGUUUUGUUUGUUUUCUCCUAAAAUUACAACCUUUUAAAAAAAGCCUUUAUGCUUGAGUAUUUCAACUUUGUGCUAGCGUCAUUGGUGGCGAGUGACAGCCACACACCUCCACUCCGCUUCCCGCAUUCAGUGUAUGGACGCGGCGGCACACCGAGGGUUCACACUCGGUGUUCCAGGCCGUCUCACAUUCCAUCCAUGGCACUCAUUUGUGCUUUCAACAAAGUAACGCCACCAUUCAAACUCACCAUAGCCUGUUCGCGCCAUUUGGAGUCAAACGUAGUACCCGUCGACACCUUAAAAGACUUCCUCCUAAUCGGUGCACUACUCUGACGUCACUCCCGGAAGCGAGUGGAUUUUUCUAAUUCAUUUAUUAAACGGCAAAAUACACGUUUAUUGGUUUUGUAACACUGAUAUUUGGUUGGAUGUAUUUGCCUUACAUGUUUUAAAUCUGUGCUUGCAGUGUUACAAUCAUGUGAUUUGUGUUAUUUGUACUAAUUGAUUCAUUAAGGGUUUUUUCCGUGCCUGGCGGGAGGGGCUUGGGUUAUAUAAGAGGCCUUUCCCAACCAAGUGGCUGGAAAUGUUAUUUUUUUUCCUAUUUUUGCACUUUUGUCCACAUUUUAUUGACUGCCCAGCAGCACAAGAAGUUAUCUUUGUGACGCGUUGCUUCUCCUCACCGGGCUGGGGGUCCAGCAGGAGAACCUCGUGACAGCUACUCAAAUGUUAUUUUUCCUGAGAAUUCAACAUUCUCAUCAAGUUUGGCCUUUUUCUUGUUAGAUUUCCUCCUAAUAUUUUCACUUUAUUCUGGUAAAAUUACAGCUGGUUUUUUUCCAUGUCUGCUGCUGUUUUGUUUUGUUGUUUUUUUAAAUUUUCAAACUAUUUCAACUUUCUUCCUGUAAAUGUUCUCCUGGCAAUUCUAACUAGUUUGACAUUAUUCUCAGUAUCAGUUUUUGUGCAACCAAAUUUUCCAAAAAUUAGAACAGCAUUCAUUGUUUUAUUUCUCAUAAUAUCAUGGCUUUUAAAUAAAAGCCUUUUUCCUUGAAUAUUUCAACUUUAUGCGACUAAAAUGAUGUUAUUUUCUCUCAUGAUAUAAAAACAUUAUUCUCUUUAAAAUUAGGACUUUUGUCUCUUGAUAUUGACUUUAUUCCGGUAAAAUUACAGCUUGUUUUUUUUUUUCCAUUUCUGCUGUUUUAAAUUUUCCAACUUUCUUUUUGUAACUUUUUCAUAAAUUUGACUCGCUUCGCAAAACUUUUCUUGCACCCUUAUUUUCCAAAAAUAAGUUUUUUUCCCCCCUUUUUUUAAUCUUUUUUCCUUAAUAUUUCAACAUUACGCUACAAAUAUGACGGUACUUUUCCUCAUAAUAUUAAAAAUUUCUCUCUUCAGAUUACGUGUGGAUUUUUCAGCUUUUUCUUCUGUUGUUUUUUGGGUUUUUUUUUUUGCUUGUUAAAUUUUAUUUUUAGAACAUGGCCGCACUUUGGGCCCCCACAAUGCUUGUUGCAUCGGCAACGUUUGUGUCACCUGCAGACAGCUCUCUGGUUUUGAUGUUGUUUUCACCUCUAAAUGCAGUCAUUGAAACAACGUUGAUCAGUUGUUGAAUGAGGCCACGACGCUGAAACAACUUAUCAAACAAACUCCUGCCAAUCUGAAAGCGACAUUGAGACAUUGAGUGCUGUUGGCUGAUUAGAGGACACACCUGUCCUCCAAAGUUCUAAGUUGUGUGAUGAAAACACGUGGAAAUAAAAGCUGAAAGGCUGACUUGGGCUCACAGUUCUGGUGCCGAUGAUAACACCACAGGAAAGAAGUGAGUUUGAAGACGUGCAUUCUCUGAUUCCAGCGGAGAUUCCGAAGGGAAGUUGUGUAAGCAGGCGGGGUCUCUCCGGGAGCCAAAAGGAAGACGGCAUUUUGCAUGUCUGGGACUUUGUGUAAACAAAGAAGCUGCUAUGAAACGUCCGCAGUGCGUGAGGACGUGCUAGUUACCCGUCAGCCGUCGUGAGGAAGACCGAGGCAGACAUGGACCCCCGGGUGCUGCUGUGUGCACAGCUGCUGUUGCUGCUGUCCGCCCUGCGGUUCGCAGACGCCCGCACCGCGUGGAGACCGCCGCAUCCCCCUUAUCCCCCCGCUGCCUGGGAGGUGAAAAGGCCGGCGUUGUGGCGAAGAAAGCCCAACUCCAACUGCAUCGGGAGGGCUGGAGCAUGCGGAAUAGCAGGCGCAAGGGGAAUCGAUCGCCCCCCACCGCCUCCUACUGUGCCGCCGCCACCACCUCCUCCACCACCUCCUCCUCCUCCUCCUCCUCCUACUCGUACUGUCUACUCAUGUGGGCUACGUUGGAUGCAUACGUAAACCGUGACUGAUGUUGGCAAUCGUGGAGCAACCUUCACUCCAUAUCCAUACGUUAUAUUGACACAGUCACUGUACUCCUUCCAGUAGUUCAUUUCUACACAAAAUACUACACACCAGCUUUACAAACACCAAGACAAUAAACACUUAAACUUGUUUAUGUACACACAGUCACCCCUCGUUUACGGUGGUUAAUUGGUUCCAGGACCGACGGUAAUGAUGAGGCUAAUUUCCCUGAAGUAGAAAUCAAUAUUACUCAAUGGAGUAUUUUUGUAGUUAUGGCAUAGAAACCCUGUUUACCACCUUCUAAAUACACUUGAACACGAUUAGACAUUAGUAGUACCCAGCACAGUAGACACGAUAAGAGAAAAUAAGACAUAUAAGACAAAGAAGAGCUGUUUAUGACCUAAAUAUGGUUUUUAACACUAUUAGAGCCCUCUAGACAUGAAAUAACACCCCUAUAGUCACCUUUACACUCCUAUUACCCAAUAUAGUACACAUAAGAGAAAAUAAGACAUUAUACAAAGAAAAGCUGUUUGACCUAAAUAUGGUUUUUAACAUUAUUAGAGUCCUCUAGACGUGAAAUAACACCCCCAUAGUCACCUUUACACUCCUAUUUCCCAAUAUAGUACACAUAAUAAGAGAAAAUAAGACAUAAUAGACAUAAAUAAGACAAUAUAGCCUCACAUGUUAGCAGUUCCUUGUUUCCUUCUGUCAGCGUACUUGCGGCGUUACCAUACACCCGUGUGUUGUAAUGGUGGCUUUACACUCGUAUUACGCAAUCUAGUAGACAGAAUAAGAGUAAAUAAGCCAAGUGAGAUGGAAAUAAAGCUGCUGCUGGAGCAGUGUCGCAGUAAAUGUGUUCCCAAGGGAACCUCAGUGAGGAGUCUAGCGUCUGUCUGAUCCAACAAUGGCUGACACCUAGUGGCUAAUGUGGAGUACUACAAUACAAUGCUGCCUCAUUUUUCUAUUUGAGUUCAUGUUGCCAUUUUUAUGCUUGGAAAUGCUUCAUUUCGGCCAAGAAUGAGUACAGUUUGUUGUUUUUUUUACUGCAAUAAUUUCUGAAUGAAUUUUAGAAAAAGCGAGGGAUGACUGUACAUGUACAGUACAUGCAGUACAACUACAGUGUUCCCCAUACAUGCAGUACCUACAGUGCACUAGUACUUGUUUGUCAACACAUUAUAACGGGACUGGCUGCCAAUCAGCACCACAAAGACACUUGGUUUCUUUUGCUUUUCAUGUUUUUACUCACUUGUUAUUCCUUCUCUCCAACAGCUUCAUGACAUGAUUACACCACAAAUACAUUGCAGUCCUGUGGGGAACACUGUACUCUAUACAGUAUGUACUCUAGGAAGAUACUUUAUGUACUCUGUGUGAUGUUGUAUCCGCCCACUGUACCACAUUUGGAAUCUUCAACGUGAUUCUUCUAAAUAAAAACACUUCACCUUCACCUUCA